AUUCUACAUCUGAGGAUGAAAUUUCCUUUACAAUUUCCACAAUCUUUAAAACUUUAAAAACUAAUUUGCCAAAAAGGCAAACAUCAGUUAAUAAAUAUAUUACAUGUUCAUUAUCUAAGAAGAAUAAACUACAUUUUGAAAACUUGAUAUUAUAUAUAAUCAUAUCAAAUGGCCUUCCUUUUACUUUCAUAGAAAAUUAUGAAAUGCAAAAGUUGGCUAAAGAUAUUUUGCAACAUGCAAGUGAAGAUAAAAUUGAAGUAACAGCAGCAUUCAAUAGCUGGACUAAUAUCAAGCAGGAACAUCUUUUUGAUAUAAAACUUCUCAUCAAAGAUAUAAUGAAUAGUGUAAAAGAAAAAAAUAUAAUAAUUAAUUGUUAUGUAUCAAAUUCUGCUAAUAAAUAUGCAGCUGCAAGCAGUAAAGAUAGAAUGAAAAAAGAUAAAACACAAGAAUAUAGAGCACAAGAAGAUAGAGCACAAGAAGAUAAAGCACAAGAAGAUAGAGCACAAAAAGAAAUAACAGAAUAUUUUUUAUGCAUUAUGAAUAACAUAAAUGAUAAAGAACUUGGCAAUAAUGAAAUUACAAAUAAAGAACUUGAAUUUGAAUUGGGUAGAUGCAUUACUUAUUUUGCAGAUGAUUCAUCAGCAAAAUGA